AUGGCCUCAUCUCGGCAUCUCCCGACAACCUCAGUCGAUCCAGUUGCUCGCAACGCCGUGAGCACUCUGCCUAGUGGGAUCGGCAAAAUCACUGCUGCCGAUCUCAAGGAGAGGCUGGCACCGUUUAACAAGGACAUCACCAGCAAAGAUAUCAAAUUUCUGAUGAACAACCAGGAAGAGAUCACCUUCACAGAGUUGUAUCAUCUCCUGAGUGACAAUGAGCUCACUGACUUCGACCCGAUAGCAGAAGCCUUCAAGCUCUAUGAUCCGAAUGAUACGGGGUAUGUCGACAUGAAGACGGUGAAGGAGUUCUUCAAAAAGGCUGGCUAUGGCCUGUUGUCCGAGGGCGACGUGGACGCUAUAUUGCAAAUGGCGGAUGCUGAUCGCGACGGCAAACUUGGUCUCGGGGAUUUCAGGAAACUGAUUCGUAUCGGCCAAGAGGCUCCGUCUACUGAGGUCGAUGCUCUAACAACUGAAGGCGAUGUUGUGCCCACAGAGAAUGGUGGUUUGACCACUGAAGGCGACGGUGUGCUCACAGAGAAUGGUGGUCUGACCACUGAAGGCGAUGGUGUGCCCACAGAGAAUGGUGGUCUGACCACUGAAGGCGAUGGUGUGCCCACAGAGAAUGGUGGUCUGACCACUGAAGGCGAUGGUGUGGCCACAGGUAAUGGUGGUCUGACCACUGAAGGCGAUGGUGUGGCCACAGGUAAUGGUGGUCUGACCACUGAAGGCGAUGGUGUGGCCACAGGGAAUGGUGGUCUGACCACUGAAGGCGCUACUGUUCCCACAGAAUCGCAUUCUCCAACUACUGGAGGCAACAUCCCAUCUACAGAAGCCGAAGCUCUGACCUAA